AUGGGAGACUCCUCCAAAUAUACUGUCGGGUGGAUCUGCGCCAUCACUACGGAGUAUGUUGCUGCGAAAGCCUUUCUCGACAGAGAACAUGAAAUCCUAGAGUAUGGAUCCGCCAACGAUAACAACAUUUACACGCUGGGUGAGAUGGGGAAACAUAAUGUGGUGAUCGCUCAGCUGCCGGAGGGGGAGUACGGGAUAGCGGCUGCAGCCGGUGUCGCGCGAGAUAUGGUGCGAAGCUUUUCCAACAUCAGGAUCGGCCUGAUGGUUGGCAUCGGAGGUGGUGCCCCAAGUGAAAAGCACGAUAUCCGGCUCGGCGACGUCGUGAUCAGUGCACCUCACAACGGAAAGGGUGGUUUAUUUCAGUACGACUUUGGGAAAGCAAUACAGGAUCAAGAAUUUCGGACCACAGGGUUCUUGAACCAACCCCCCGGUCUGCUUAGAGCCGCAAUGGGUGACAUUAAAGCUAAGUAUGAGAUGGAAGGACAUCAGCUUGAGGAAAUGAUUAAGAGCGCGCUUGAAAAGCGGCCGAAGUUACGAAAGAAAUACAAGCGACCAGAUCUAAGUAGCGAUCGAUUAUAUCAGGCACAUAUUGUCCAUCCCGGUAAUGAUGAAAGAAGUUGUGAAGUGGUGUGUGGAAAUGACGAAUCGAAGUUGGUUGUCAGACGUGACCGAAGCGAUGAAGACGAUAAUCCGGCUAUUCAUUAUGGCUUGAUUGCGUCGGCAAACCAGGUGAUGAAGAAUGCUUUGAUUCGUGAUCGACUUGCAGCAGAGAAAGAUGUUCUAUGUUUUGAGAUGGAAGCAGCAGGCUUGAUGAACCAUUUCCCAUGUCUGGUCAUACGGGGCAUCUGUGACUACUCCGACUCUCACAAGAACAAAGAGUGGCAAGGGUAUGCUGCAAUGGCUGCAGCUGCUUAUGCAAAGGACCUCCUCUCUCGCAUUCCGCCAAAUAAGGUUGAAGCUGAAAAGAGGAUCAGUGAUGUACUUUCUUCAGUGGAGAAGAACAUCAUAAAUGAAGUCCAUAAAACAGCUCAAAAGACAAUCACUACAAUCGAGAUCUCAGAUACCGACCGACGACGCGAAAAAGUAAUGACAAAAUUACCAUAUGCUGAAGGUGCUACCUUUGACUCUUCUGAUGAGGGUCUAAAUCCAAGGUGCCAUCCAGAAACCAGAAUUGACUUACGCCGUCAAAUCAGAGAAUGGGCGGGAAACAUGCAAGGAAAGCCGAUGUUCUGGCUGAAGGGAAUGGCUGGAACAGGGAAGUCUACAAUUUCUCGAACAGUAGCUGAGUCCUUAUACAAGGAAGGGAAAUUAGGAGCCAGCUUCUUCUUCAAGCGAGGGGAGGCUGACCGAGGUAGUAUGAGAAUGCUUUUUACCACAAUUUGUGCCCAACUCCUGCAAAGGAAUCCGUCACUGAUCACUCACAUCGAAAUGGCAAUCGAUGCUGAUCCUAACGUUUCUGACAAAUCGAUGGGAGAGCAGUUUGAGAAGCUUAUCUGUCAGCCUCUGUUACAGAUUCAGCAUCAACUCCCCGAAGCCUCUCAACUCAUUAUAGUGAUUGAUGCCUUAGACGAAUGUGCGCAGGACACAGACAGUCUGCUUCGCCUUUUGUCGCAAACCAAAGACAAAUGGGCAUCAAGCUUGCGGAUAUUCAUUACUAGUAGACCAGAGCAGCAAAUCCGGUCUGGAUUUAAGGAUAUGCCGGAAGAAGUGCUCGAUGAUGUGGAGCUUCAUGAGAUACCGCAACCUAUCAUCAGGCAAGAUAUUACCACUUUCUUCAAAUAUAGGUUUUCGCAAAUCCAGGAGAAAUACGCAAAAGACAACUGGGAAGUUCCGCCUGACUGGCCUGGCUCGGAGGUUUUAUCGGCCUUGGUUGAAAUGGCUGUUCCGCUGUUUAUUUUUGCUGCUACCAUUUGCCGGUUUGUGGAAGAUUCCGUGUGGUCAGACCCGCCAGGCCAGCUGAAAAAAGUUCUUGAGUAUCGAAAAAUGGCUAAUGUCUCAGAGAUUGAUAAGCUAGAUGCUACUUACUCUCCAAUUCUGAAUCAGCUGAUCCGUAGACAGUCGGAAAAGGCACAGAGAUCACUGGUGGAAAGGUUCCGCAGCAUUGUAGGCACAAUCAUUCACCUCGCUGAGCCUCUCUCACGAUCAUCCCUAGCGUCUCUGCUUAAUAUUGAUAACCAUAUUAUUAAGAGGCAGCUUUCGUCUCUCCAUUCUGUUUUGAGUGUGCCAUCCUCUGUGGACUCUCCGAUCAGGAUGUUGCACGUCUCCUUCCGUGAUUUCCUCGUAGAUCCAGAAAAACGUCAGACAAACUCAUUCUGGGUAGAUGAGACGGAAACUCACAAGAUGGUCAUGGCUAAAUGCCUUGAACGACUGUCCCAACCGGGGAUUCUUCACGAAAAUAUAUGCAGCCUGCCGGACCAUGGGACACUACGAGCUGGGAUCGAUGGCAGAAUCUUAGCCGGCCACUUACCACCAGAUGUACAAUAUGCUUGCCGCUUCUGGGUAUACCAUUUGAAAGAAAGUCAGAUGGGUCUUCGUGACAAUGAUCCUGUCCAUAUGUUUCUACAGGACCACUUUUUGCAUUGGCUGGAAUCAUUAGCCCUUUUGGGAAGGAUUGCAGAGAGUAUUAACCUGGUCCAGACAUUACAGACUGUUGUAAAUAGUAACAGGACAGAGAUAUACAGAUUCCUCAGCGAUGCUAUGCGGUUCAUCCAAAAGAAUAUCUCGAUAAUGAACCGGGCGCCUCUUCAGCUCUACACAUCUGCACUUUUCUUUGCACCGAAGACAAGUAUAAUUAGAAAUGCAUUUAUCGAUAGAAUCCCUUGUUGGAUUCGAAAAUUACCAGAAGUGGAAUCAGCCUGGAGUUCGGUGCUGCAGACCCUCGAAGGCCAUUCUGGUUGGGUUUAUACAGUGGUUUUCUCUCCAGAUGGCAAGCUACUGGCUUCAGGCUCCCAUGACAAGACAGUCAAGCUCUGGGAUCCAGCUACUGGCACUUUAAAACAGACCCUCGACGGCCAUUCUGAUUGGAUUCUUACGGUGGCGUUCUCUCCUAAUGGCAAGCUUGUGGCCUCAGGCUCCCGUGACGAGACAGUCAAUCUCUGGGACCCAGCUACUGGCACUCUAAAGCAGACCCUCAACGGCCAUUCUGGUUGGGUUCUUACGGUGGCGUUCUCUCCAGAUGGCAAGCUACUGGCUUCAGGCUCUAGUGACGAGACAGUCAAGCUCUGGGAUAUAGCUACUGGUACUCUAAAACAGACCCUUGACGGACAUUCUGGCUGGGUUAAUACAGUGGCAUUCUCUCCCAAUAAUAAGCUACUGGCCUCAGGCUCCCAUGACAAGACAGUUAAUCUCUGGGAUCUAGAUACUAGCGCCCUAAAGCAGACCCUCGACGGCCAUUCUGAUUGGGUUUAUACAGUGGCGUUCUCUCCCAAUGGCAAGCUACUGGCCUCAGGCUCUAGUGACGAGACAGUGAAACUCUGGGAUCUAGCUACUGGCACUCUAAAACAGACCCUUGACGGACACUCCGGUUCGGUUUAUACAGUGGCGUUCUCUUCUAAUAGCAAGCUACUGGCCUCAGGCUCCCAUGACAAGACAGUCAAGCUCUGGGAUCUAGCUACUGGCACUUUAAAACAGACUCUCGACGGCCAUUCUGGUUCAGUUAAUGCAGUGGUGUUCUCUCCUAAUGGCAAGCUACUGGCCUCAGGCUCCCAUGACAAGACACUCAAGCUCUGGGAUCCGGCCGCUAGCACUUUGCAGGAGAUCCCCGACGGCCACUCAGAUCGGGUUAAUACAGUGGUGUUCUCUCCUAAUGGUAAGCUAAUGGCCUCAGGUUCAUAUGAUAAGACAGUCAAGAUCUGGGAUCUAGCUACUAGCACUCUAAAGCAGACCCUCAAAGGCCAUUCUAGUUGGGUUCUUACGGUGGCGUUCUCUCCUAAUGGUAAUCUAGUGGCCUCAGGCUCCCAUGACAAGACAGUCAAGCUCUGGGAUCCAGCUACUGGCACUCUAAAGCAGACCCUCGACGGCCAUUCUGGUUGGGUUCUUACGGUGGUUUUCUCUCCAGAUGGCAAGCUACUGGCUUCAGGCUCCCAUGACAAGACAGUCAAGCUCUGGGAUCCAUCUACUGGCACUUUAAAACAGACCCUCGACGGCCAUUCUGAUUGGGUUCUUACGGUGGCGUUCUCUCCUAAUGGCAAGCUACUGACCUCAGGCUCCCAUGACCAGACAGUUAAGCUCUGGGACCCAGCUACUGGCACUCUAAAGCAGACCCUUGACGGCCAUUCUGGUUGGGUUCUUACGGUGGUGUUCUCUCCCAAUGGCAAGCUACUGGCCUCAGGCUCUGACGAUGAGACAGUCAAACUCUGGGAUCUAGCUACUGGCACUCUAAUGCAAACCCUUAACGGCCAUUCUGAUUCGGUUUUUACACUGGCGUUCUCUCCUAAUGGCAAGCUAGUGGCCUCAGGCUCCCGUGACGAGACAGUCAAGCUCUGGGAUCUAGUUACUGGUACUCUAAAACAGACCCUUGAUGGACAUUCUGGCUGGGUUAAUACAGUGGCGUUCUCUCCUAAUGGCAAGCUAGUGGCCUCAGGCUCCCGUGACGAGACAGUCAAACUCUGGGAUCUAGCUACUGGUACUCUAAAACAGACCCUUGACGGACAUCCUGGCUGGGUUAAUACCGUGGCGUUCUCGCGUGAUGGUAAGCUAGUGGCCUCAGGCUCCCGUGACAAGACAGUCAAUCUCUGGGAUCCAGCUACUAGCACUCUAAAACAGGCCCUCGACGGCCACUCAGAUCGGGUUAAUACCAUGGUGUUCUCUCCUAAUGGCAAGCUUGUGGCCUCAGGCUCCCGUGACGAGACAGUCAAUCUCUGGGACCCAGCUACUGGCACUCUAAAGCAGACCCUCAACGGCCAUUCUGGUUGGGUUCUUACGGUGGCGUUCUCUCCAGAUGGCAAGCUACUGGCUUCAGGCUCUGACGAUGGGACAGUUAAUCUCUGGGAUCCAGCUACUGGUACUCUAAAGCAGACCCUUGACGGACAUUCUGGCUGGGUUAAUACAGUGGCAUUCUCUCCCAAUAAUAAGCUACUGGCCUCAGGCUCCCAUGACAAUACAGUUAAUCUCUGGGAUCUAGAUACUAGCGCCCUAAAGCAGACCCUCGACGGCCAUUCUGAUUCGGUUCUUACGGUGGCGUUCUCUCCCAAUGGCAAGCUACUGGCCUCAGGCUCUAGUGACGAGACAGUGAAACUCUGGGAUCUAGCUACUGGCACUCUAAUGCAAACCCUUGACGGCCAUUCUGAUUCGGUUAACACAGUGGUGUUCUCUCCCAAUGGCAAGCUACUGGCCUCAGGCUCUGACGACGAGACAGUCAAGCUCUGGGAACUAGCUACUGGCACUCUAAUGCAAACCCUUGACGGCCAUUCUGAUUCGGUUAACACAGUGGCGUUUUCUCCCGAUGGCAAAUUCUUGAAUACUAAUCAAGGGCGUUACAACGUUGAAUCUCUUCGUACUCGCAGUAUCUCUCCAAUAACACGUGACGCACUUCCCAACCAUGUACUAGUGAAGAAUGAAUGGCUGACUCGCAAUGAUUCUAAUGCCAUUUGGUUGCCUGUUGAGUAUCGAGCAACUUCUUCCGCCGUGUAUGACAGCAUGCUUGUUAUGGGACAUGCUUCAGGUCGAGUUACUUUUUUUGAGUUGAUUUAA